AUGGACUCUCCGACAUCCCGGCCCCCGCUCCGCUCCGACGUCCAUCGAUGCGACACAACCGUCACUCCAUGUCUCUCCCAUGGCUUCUGGACCUGUCUGCUGCUGCUGGCUCCGACUGUCACACCUCCAUGUCGCCCACCACGUGCCGCCGCCCCUGACACCUCCACCUCCCUCUUGCGGGCAACAGCUUACGUCGACGACCAGCUCCUCGCGACCGGCAAGAUCUCCAAGGCCGCCAUCCUCGGCAAGCAGGGCGGUGUCUGGGCCGCCUCGUCGGGAUACUCUCCCGAGCAGGACUUUAUCACCCAGACGGCGUUCACUGACCCCGACACUGUCCGUGCCAACGGCAUCACCCUGAACGGCUUCAAGUUCAUGGCUCUCCAGGCCAACGACACCGAGGUCAUUGGCAGGAAAGGCGAGCGCGGCGUCUUCAUCAUUCCCACGACGCAGGCGAUCCUCGUCGGCGAGUACGACGGCACGGCGGCCGGCGAGGCCAACGUCGUCGUGUCCAAGCUGGCCGACUACCUCAAGUCGGUCGGAUAUUAG